AUGGGGCUGGAGGCUGAAGGGGUUGAUGGUGGUGUGAAGAAUCUCACCACUCAUACCAGCGACCGCAGUUUGAGUCUCUCACGGGACCAGAUUCUACACUUGGCUUGUCUUCACAAUGCAGCCAACACAAACCAGAAGGAGAAAUAUGAAGCAGACCUCAAGAAAGAGAUUAAAAAGCUACAGCGUCUUCGAGACCAGAUCAAGACGUGGGUGGCAUCAAACGAGAUCAAAGACAAAAGGCAGCUAGUAGAAAACCGCAAACUCAUAGAAACGCAAAUGGAGCGAUUCAAGGUAGUGGAAAGAGAAACCAAGACGAAAGCAUACUCUAAAGAAGGGCUCGGUCUGGCACAGAAGGUGGACCCAGCCCAGAGGGAGAAGGAGGAGGUCGGCACGUGGCUAACGAAUACGAUAGACACUCUGAACAUGCAGGUGGACCAGUUCGAGAGCGAAGUGGAGUCUCUCUCGGUCCAGACGAGAAAAAAGAAAGGAGACAAGGAGAAGCAGGACCGGAUCGAGGAGCUGAAGAAAUUCAUUGAGAGGCAUCGGUACCACAUCCGGAUGCUGGAGACGAUACUGAGGAUGCUGGACAACGACUCUGUGCAGGUGGAAGCCAUCAGGAAGAUCAAGGAUGACGUAGAGUAUUAUAUAGACUCGUCGCAGGAUCCCGACUUUGAGGAGAACGAAUUCCUUUACGACGAUCUGGAUUUGGAGGACAUUCCUCAGUCGCUGGUCGCCACUUCACCGCCGGGGCACUCGCACUUGGAGGACGAGAUCUUCCAGCAGUCCAGCAGCACACCCACCUCCACCACCUCAUCUUCGCCCAUCCCCCCGUCGCCUGCUACUUGCACUACAGAGAACUCAGAAGAUGAUAAGAAGAGGGGACGUUCGACAGACAGUGAAGUUAGUCAGGUUAGUGUGAAGAUGCCGAAACCUCUCCCAGAAAACAAGCAGGAGGGCCUCAGCCUGGGCCUCUCUUUGGGGAAAGGCCUUUCGGGCGCCGUCACCACCAGCCCCAUGUCCGGAGGCCUCGGCCUGUCGGGGAUGCCGGCAUCCCUGACGGGCACCAUGGCAAGCCUUCUGUCCAGUAACACCCCUGCACCCUACGCUCAGGCGGUCGGCUCCAGCUUACCAGGCUCUUUGGGUGGAGUCAGCACAGCAACGACCAACAGUGCUGUAGGCUCCAUCGGCAGCGGGAACAUGACAGUCGGCGGGCCGACAUCCUCGACAGGAGGUCUGCUGGGUGCAGCGCCGGGCGUGGUCGGCUCUGGGAUUCUGGGUUUGGGCUCUAGUCAGUCAGGGGUGCAGGGCUCGUCCUUGGUGUCGCCGAGCUCGGUGGGAGGUUUAGCCCCAGGUAGCGGAGUAGGAGUCAUCGGGAGCAACGGAGGCAGCUCGGGAUCAGCAGGGAGUGGAGUAGUAGGAGGAAACUCGCUCCCUGUCCGACCACCGAGCCGACAGAAGCAGAACGGUAGCACUAGUUACAGUGCUGUGGUAGCAGACAGCACAGCUGACUCCGCCCUCAACAGUGCCAGCCAAUCGCAAAGCAGCCAACCCUCAUCUUUGACCUCCACAGCCAAUCAGCCGUGUAUGAUAACUCUGUGCACACGUCCUGGAGAAUCUUUUCCUAAGUGUCUCCUUGUCUGUCCUCAUCAGCCCCAAGAGCCUCUGAGCAGCCUCAAGUCCAUGGCCGAGCGAGCAGCAAUGAGCUCAGGGAUCGAGGGAGACGUGACCUCCCUGCACCUCACCUCAGAAAUAUUCCCCAGCAGCACUACGGCCCCUUCAGGCCCCCCAUCAGGACCUCAGCCCUCGCUGUCAGAGGUCAGCAUCCCCCCAUCGUUGGGGGUGUGUCCGCUGGGGCCGGUUCCCCUGUCCAAAGACCAGGUCUACCAACAGGCCAUGCAGGAGCAGGCGUGGACGCAUAUGCCACACCCAUCCGACUCCGAGAGAAUCAGGCAGUACCUGAUGAGAAACCCCUGCCCCACCCUGCCUUUCCACCACCAGGUGCCACCGCCCCACUCAGACACUGUAGAGUUUUACCAGAGGCUUUCCACAGAGACCCUCUUCUUCAUCUUUUACUACCUGGAGGGCACUAAGGCCCAGUAUCUGGCAGCCAAAGCCCUGAAGAAGCAGUCGUGGAGGUUCCACACCAAGUACAUGAUGUGGUUUCAGAGGCACGAAGAACCCAAGACCAUCACUGAUGAGUUUGAGCAGGGAACAUACAUUUACUUUGACUAUGAGAAAUGGGGCCAGCGGAAGAAGGAGGGCUUCACGUUUGAGUACCGGUACCUCGAAGACCGAGACCUCCAGUGACGUGCAGAGAGACGCGACAGGACUGACAGCUGAGAAAGUGAGAGAUGGACGCAUGAAGAAGGUUGAUCCACCUGCUGACAUUCCUGGAUUUGACCUCAGCUCGCUGGGGAAAGGAGACGUGCGGGCCGGAGGGGGGCGGGCGGGUUUCGUCCCUCCUCCUGACCCUCCAAAUCCCGCCUUACCAUCCUCACCCCGGCAGUGAUAACCCCUCCCACUCCCAUCAUCUCCUCCUUUCUUCUUUCUAUCUCUUCAUCAGCAGCCUUUUUUUCAAAUAAAAAAUUUCCUGGCUUAGACAAA